AACGAAAGAUGUGUUCAGAAGGCUUUCGAUAUAUCUAAAAAGAAAAAAAAAUCGAUAUUUGUGUUUCCAAAUUUCAAAAUAUCGGGCCUUAUACUUCGGAUAAGUAAAACCCACCAGAGAAAUAUAAGUCAAAAGCCACAGAAGCCAAAAUGCGUUUGAAUGUGGCCCUCGUGUUCAUGUUCUUUGGAACCGUUUCUUGCCUCCAAAUAUUGGAUGAAUGCAUGCCGAGGAAGCGGUUGGAAACAUAUAUAAAAGGCAAUGAGAUGAAGCUUCGAGUCUGGGUUCCAGAGAUCGGUGACGCCAGUCUUCUUACACUGAUCUCUGAGAAUGGUCAGACGGGGAUUUUAAGAAAAAUCGAAAUCAGGAAAAAUGUAACAACUAUACGGACUAAAGAUGAAGAAACUGUCCGCCCAGAAUUCAAACUACCGAUACAAAACAGCCUUCCUCAUGGCUGGGUAAAUUUCAUGGUCACUUCAAAUGAAAACUUCACAGUAACUGUUCCUGACGUCAACCUAACUCUCAUAGAUGUACAAGAUGUUGUUCAAGACCAAAACAUAAUAAUCACAGGAAGCAAUGUCACAGCCAACUGCAGGUUACCCACGAACCAGUGGGAAGUGUUCGCCCGCCAGGAAGCCGUUAUCCCGCUGAGCCCGAACGGGUCCCACGACUUCUCGCUGUUCUCAAGAGCUCCCUUCACGCCCGAGCUGGCGGUCGCAUUGGACAGCCGGGAGCGUCUUAGCUUUCCUUCGUUAAGCAGGGUCUUUGAGUCUGAAUCCCAACAGAUGUCCCCUUUUUCGUUGUAUAAUUUCACGUUGAACUGCGCUAUCGACGAAAAACGGAGUUCAUGCUAUAUCCAGGCGGGCGACUCUAAAGUCCUGGAGGUAUAUUUUUUCCGUAAUGACACUUCGCUCUCCUUAAUAGCCAGUGGGAUGGACGGCUAUAUCAUCGUUCAAGGCACAAGGAAUAUCUUCAUGACCAGAUCAGGAAGGAGGACUCAAAGUCGAGGAUCAGAACGGAGAUGGACCAGUUAUAACCGUCAGGAGAGCAAUAAUUGCCACGACAGCGUCCUUAGUGGCAAUAGUUUCAAUAUACAUAUUCAUAAAGUGCAAAAGGAAGAGCCGAGCGUAGAAGAGUCGAGAACUGUGUUGACGACCAUACGAAGUCUACAAAACUGAGCAGUUCAUGCACACAAAUUACGGAAGAACCAACAAGCGACCUGAAGUGGAAACCUAAUGGUGGAUUUUUGAACGCCUAAUUAGCGUUGUGAAAGGUAGUUUGAAAAGGGUUCUUUAAGCUUCAAACUCUGUCGUGUGAAAUGCAUAUCCUAGUGGAUAAUCGCCCUCUUACAGAUGUGAGUGAAUCUCGAGAUGAUGAAUUUCUUGUCCCCAGUAAAUUGCUGGCUGGACGCAAUUUAGUGCUGCCCCCUCCCUUUGAAUGAAUUUGCUGAGGACGAAAUACCUAUUGAUCUACGGUUAUAACAUGGCCGUCUUCCAAGCACUAUGAAGAAGUUUGAGAAAUUAUAGACUGAUGAUUAUUUGAAUUCGCAGAGAAAGACACUUUACUAGUGCUCCAGGAGAAACUGCCAAUCAUUUUCAAAAUAAAGACAUUGUUCUGGUUAAUCUUGAUGAUAGUCAUCAUACCCUGUGGCUCCUAGAAAAUUGCCAGACUUAUUCAGGGUAGAGACUUGUGGAAAACUGGUUCUGUUGCAGGUCACAGGCAAAGAAUAUGGCAAUUUAGUUCAUUCAGAAGCCGCCGUCCGCAGGAGAACCGAAAGGUUGGCUGCCGAUAAAGCUGCACCGACGCCAGCAGUCUAUUAUAUUUCUUUGUUUGUUCUUACAAAAUGUGCAUAAUUACAAUUUGGUCUGAAUAUUCCCUUUCUUGCAUGUGUUUAAGUUAUCAAAGGUAUUUACUUCAAAGAUUAGUAACAACUUGUGGGGGAAAGUGUCAGGAAAGCACUUACUCUUCGGAAGAUAGUUCUUGAAAACCAAUAUUUGUUUCAUUAUAAAAAUUGUCGUUAAUUCCUUAAUCAAGGCUACAGUGAUAUUCUGUAACCUUUCAUGUCGGCGUCUCCCGUUUUUUCUUUUUCUUUUUUACUGUAAAUAUGAAAAUUUUAGUACCUACUUUACGUAUGCAGCACGGCACACUUUACUCAGCAGUAUAUAUUGUACAUAUCUACGUCAGUGUGUAUCUGCGUUUGGCGUUCGCACAUGUGCUUGUGUCUGCGGGUGAGUGCAUGCCGUGUAUAUGUGUGUGUGUGUGUGUGCGGUAUAUGUCGUUAUAGGUUUAGAUGUAGAAUGUGCUUAGGACGGUGUGCGUAUGUGCAUGUGCACGCGGAGGCACACAUGGUGUUUGUGUGCGUUUGUUGAGUGCAUGGGUGUGUAUGUCUCCUUCGAGUAUGAUUUUGUAAGUAUUGUGUCCAAUUAACCACAUGUCAGUCAGUUAAAACAGCUGAAUGUGAAAGGCUACGAUUGCUGACUGUCAUCUUGUCUAUACAGGCGAGUUUUAUGUAGAUUUAAUACCGUUUUACUUUCAUUAAUGUUGAAUAUAUUUCACUGUAUUAAGUAUUUCUUACUUGCAAGUAUUUCAUCAUCUCAUUGUUUAUUGACUGAAUUACCCUUUGCAUAUACUGAGAAAAUACAUUCUAAAUAUUAUUCAACUACA